UACUUCGACAUGGAGGACUGCGUGCUGACGGCCACUUGUAUGCGGGACUUCAUCGCCUGCCCCAGGCACCCCGACCUCCCCGUGCCCCUCCAGGAGCUGGUGCCCGAGCUGUUCAUGACCGACUUCCCGGCCAGGCUCUUCCUGGAGAACAGCGAGCUGGAGCACAGCGAGGACGAGAGCAGCGUCCUGGGCCAGGGCGGCAGCGGCACCAUCAUCUACCGCGCCCGCUACCAGGGCCGGCCCGUGGCCGUGAAGCGCUUCCAGAUCAAGAAGUUCAAGAACUUCGCUAACGUCCCAGCCGACACCAUGCUGAGGCACCUGCGGGCCACGGACGCCAUGAAGAACUUCUCGGAGUUCCGGCAGGAGGCCAGCAUGCUGCACGCCCUGCAGCACCCCUGCAUCGUGUCCCUCAUCGGCAUCAGCAUCCACCCGCUCUGCUUCGCCCUGGAGCUCGCCCCGCUGGGCAGCCUCAACACCGUGCUGUCCGAGAACGCCAAAGAUUCUUCGUUCAUGCCCCUGGGCCACAUGCUCACCCAGAAGACGGCCUACCAGAUCGCCGCGGGCCUGGCCUACCUGCACAAGAAGAACAUCAUCUUCUGUGACCUGAAGUCGGACAACAUCCUGGUCUGGUCCCUGGACGUCAAGGAGCACGUGAACAUCAAGCUGUCGGACUACGGCAUCUCCAGGCAGUCCUUUCACGAGGGCGCCCUGGGCGUGGAGGGCACGCCUGGCUACCAGGCCCCGGAGAUCAGGCCGCGCAUCGUGUACGAUGAGAAGGUAGACAUGUUCUCCUACGGGAUGGUGCUCUACGAGCUGCUGUCCGGACAGCGGCCCGCGCUGGGCCACCACCAGCUGCAGAUCGCCAAGAAGCUGUCCAAGGGCAUCCGCCCGGUGCUGGGGCAGCCGGAGGAGGUGCAGUUCCAUCGGCUGCAGGCGCUCAUGAUGGAGUGCUGGGACACGAAGCCCGAGAAGCGACCGCUGGCCCUGUCUGUGGUGAGCCAGAUGAAGGACCCGACCUUCGCGACCUUCAUGUACCAGCUGCCCUGUGGGAAGCAGACCGCCUUCUUCUCGUCCCAGAGCCAGGAGUACACGGUGGUGUUCUGGGACGGCAAGGAGGAGUCCAGGAACUACACGGUGGUGAACACGGAGAAGGGCCUCCUGGAAGUGCAGAGGAUGGGCUGCCCGGGCAUGAGGCUCAGCUGCCAGAUCAAAGUCCAGAACUCUCUGUGGACGGCCACCGAGGACCAGAAGAUCUACAUCUACAGCCUCAAGGGCAUGUGCCCCUUAAAUGCGCCCCAGCGGGCCUUGGACACGCCGGCCGUGGUCACCUGCUUCCUGGCGGUGCCUGUGUUGAAGAAGAAUUCCUUCCUGGUGCUGGCGGGCCUGGCGGACGGGCUGGUGGCAGCGUUCCCCGUGGUGCGGGGCGCCCCUGAGGACAGCUGCUCCUACCUGUGCUCGCACACGGCCAACAGGUCCAAGUUCAGCAUCCCGGACGAGGACGUGCGGCAGAACCCCUACCCCGUGGCGGCCAUGGAGGUGGUGAACAGCGGGUCCGAGGUCUGGUACAGCAACGGGCCGGGCCUGCUGGUCAUCGACUGCGCCGGCCUGGACAUCAGCCGGCGGCUGGAGCCCUACGCGGCCCCGUCGGCGGUCACCUCGCUCGUGUGCAGCUCGGACUGCGGGGGCGAGGAGGUGGUCUGGUGCCUGGACGACAGGGCCAACCUCUUGGUCAUGUACCACUCGGCCACCUACCAGCUGUGCGCCCGCUACUUCUGCGGGGACCCGAACCCUGGGAGGGACGUGUUUCCCGUGCGCCCCUCGGGCCUGGAGCCGCCGGACGGCCCCGUGGCCAGCCGGCAGGAGCCGGAGGCAGACUCCAUCGCCGACGUGAGCAUCAUGUACAGCAAGGAGCUGGGCACGCAGAUCCUGACGCACCAGGACUCGCUGACCGACUACUGCUCCAUGUCUUCGUACUCCUCGCAGCGGGCCCCCCUGUCCCCGGACAGUCCCUCCAGCAUCCUCUUCUCCACCGACGGGGAGGGCUCGGACCGGCUGCUCGAGCCCACGGCCGGUUCCGACAGGUCCGAGCAGGAGCUGAGCCCCGUGGACGGCGAGGCGUUCAGCCAGCACCUGCAGGCCGUGAAGGUCCUGGCUGUGAAGGACGUCCUCUGGGUGCCCAGGCGCGGAGGAGAUGUUAUCGUCAUCGGCCUGGAGCGGGACGUGGGCGCCCAGCGGGGCCGAGUCAUCGCCGUCUUGAAAGCCCGAGAGCUGACGUCAAGGGGGGCUCUGGUGGAUGCGGUCGUGGUGGCCAAGGACACCGUCGUGUGUGGCUUCGAGGACGAAAGCAGCGAGUGGUGCCUGGCCGUGUGGCGGGGCUGGGGCACCCGGGAGUUUGACGUCUUCUUCCAGGCCUACGAGGAGCUGGGCCGGCUGGAGGUAUGUGGGCGCAAGAGGAGGUAGCGCCCGCCCUCAAAAGGAGCGUCGCCCGGACCUGGCUGGCCCAGGCCUGCGGGCUGCCCCCUCCACCUGCCGCCACAGCCCUCCUCGGCGGACCCGGAAGAGAAACCGAGUUCUCCCACGAACGGCUUGCUGCUAAGAAGUGCUGAGACGUCCCCGCCCCAGCCCUGGCCGGUGUGGCUCAGUGGACAGAGCGUGUCGGGCCUGCGGACGGAAGGGUCCCGGAUUCGAUUCCGGUCCAGGGCACGUACCUCGGUGGCAGGC